AGCAAGAAACAGCUGCUCUAGUACUUCCAUCCCUGGCUCUGAUUGCUUCUCGGCAGCGCGUGAUAGGACAAGCAGACUGAUAGUCUGAAAUAGAGUACAAGAGAGGGACGAGAGAGUAGAAAGAGAUCGAUCAAGAACUCGAGAUGUGCAUGGACAAGUCGGCCGUGCCGGCGAAGAAGAUCUGGCUCGCCAUGGCCUCCCGCCUCGGCCUCCGCCCAACAGCUGGUAAGUUCAACUCUUCUGUUUUACAUCAUCGAUCGACGAUCGAUCGUCCUCUUGAUUUCCUGCCGACGGAUCGGUUCGCUUGCGCUGCAGGGCUAAGGAACCUGAGGAAGGAGGUGAGGACGUGCGAGUACCGCGACGUGCACGUCAUGUGGGAGAUGCUCAGGGACAUGGGCUCCCCGGCGCCCCUGGAGGAGAAGGAGGCAGCAGCCGCCGCUGCCGUCAUGGCCGCCGCCGGCGCCAGGAAGAAGAAGGCGGCGUGGAGGCGGUUCGCCUACUACUGCUGCGCGUUCUGAUGUCGAGGAACUGACAAACUCGUAAACUGGACAUCGUUAGAGUUAAAGCACAGAGCCAGAGAGGCCAUGUGAGCAUUGGCCCUCUCGCAGAGUGUGCAAAUAGGCGGACGCAAGUGCAUAGGUGGAUCCUGAUGUUCCAUUGGAGAUCAUCGACAUGCGCAAACAUAGGAUCCAGAUGAUGAGGACGCGAAUCCAGAUAAUGGGCAACCGAGACAGGCAGCAUACAUCAAAGCAAUCAAAUUCUUCUUACCCGAAACGGGACGCUCA